AUGACAGUUGCUGAAUCUUCCAUUUUACCAAGAGGUAUUUAUUCUCCGAUCCCUACAUAUUUUAAAAAUGAUGGUAAGUUUUCUUUAGAUACAGAAACCCAAGUCAAACAUGCUUUAAUGUUAUACAAAAGUGGUAUAAACGGAUUAGUUGUCUCUGGUAGCAUGGGUGAAGCUACCAAUAUAUCACCUGCUGAAAGAAACAGUGCCUUGAAGAGUCUUAGGAAGGCUAUUCCAGACAGAAAUUUCAAACUUAUUGCUGGAAUGCCUCCAAGUAGUAUUGCGGAAGUCAUCAAGGAGUCUGAAGAAAGCAAGAAAAGCGGUGCGGACUUCAUAAUUGUUUUGGUUCCUGGAUAUUUUGGUACUAGUUUGAUCAGUCAACAAGGUAUUAUUGAUUAUUUCCUUAAUAUUGCUGACUAUUCCGCCUUGCCUAUUGUUAUAUAUAAUUAUCCGGGUUCCAGUAAUAAUGUUAACAUCACAAUUGAUACUUUUGAAGUAUUAUCUAAACAUGAAAAUAUUGUCGCUGUUAAGUUAACUCAUUUCAAUUUAGAUAUUUACACAUUAUUAGGAAAUAAUAAGGCUUAUGAAACUAACAAUUUUAGACCAUUCACUGGUUUAGGUCAAGUAUUGAUUCCAUCUCUUGCUGUUGGUAUGUUCGGUGCUAUUGAUGGAUUAUCAGGUAUAUUUCCAAAAAGUAUGUUAAAGCUUAUGAAAUUAUACGAAGAUGGUGAGAAAGAAAAGGCUCUUCAAUUACAGUACAUUAUCACCAAGGUUGAUUUAAUGAUUAGUGAAUUAAAUGUUGUUGGAGUCAAACAACUUUUGAAAGAAGUUUAUGGUUUUGGUGAAAUUGUUUCCGGUAGACCACCAUUAAGUAAGCCAGUUGACUUAAAAUCUUUCAAGAAGUAUGAAACCGAUAUUAAGAAAUUAGCCGAAAUUGAAAAAUCUUUAUAG